AAAACCGUAGAACAAGAACAGCACUUCCGGUCUUCGGCCUCGCACGUGUGUUUACAUCAAAUUGGGAUAUUAUACUAUCUUUGUGAUUGCGGUUGUGACAGUUUUACAAACUGCAGGUGUUUAUCCAAAGGUACAAAGAUGGGAAAGCUGAACGUGGUGAUUUUAAGAUACUUAUCUCGUGAUGACUUCCGUGUUCUCACAGCGGUGGAAAUGGGGAUGAAAAACCACGAAAUAGUCCCCGUCAGUCUGCUGUCCUCCAUCGCCAGUCUGAAACACGGAGGCUGUAACAAGAUUCUCCGAGAGCUCGUCAAACACAAGUUGGUGGUCUAUGAACGUACCAAGACGGUCCAGGGAUACAGAUUGAACUAUGGAGGGUAUGAUUAUCUUGCCCUAAAAACCCUGUGCGCAAGAGAUAUUAUUAUCUCUGUUGGCAACCAGAUGGGAGUGGGUAAAGAAUCAGAUAUUUUCAUUGUGGCCAGUCCAAACGGGGAGCAAUACGCUUUGAAACUUCAUAGAUUGGGUCGCACAUCUUUCAGAAAUUUAAAAAACAAAAGAGAUUACCACAAACACAGAAGGAAUAUGUCCUGGCUCUACUUAUCUAGGCUCUCUGCCAUGAAGGAAUAUGCAUAUAUGAAGGCGCUGUAUGAUAGAGGUUUUCCAGUUCCCAAACCAAUCGACUACAACAGGCAUGCUGUGGUCAUGGAGCUGAUCAAUGGGUAUCCCCUGUGCCAAGUUCAUGAGUUGCAAGAUCCUCCAGCUCUUUAUAAUGAAUUCAUGGAACUUAUAGUGAAACUGGCAAAUUAUGGCUUAAUACACGGUGACUUCAACGAGUUCAAUCUGAUUUUGGAUGAUCAGGACCACAUAACUAUGAUUGACUUUCCCCAGAUGGUGUCCACAUCUCAUCCUAAUGCUGAAUGGUAUUUUGACCGUGAUGUCAAGUGCAUCAGGGACUUCUUUGCCAAACGAUUUAAUUAUGAGAGUGAGCUCUUCCCUACCUUCAAAGACAUAAGGCGGUCACAUUCUCUUGACGUUGAGGUUUCAGCAAGUGGCUUUACAAAGGAAAUGGAAAAAGAUAGUGAUUUGCUGUAUCCUGCUGGACCUGAGUGUGAAGAUGACGACGAAGAGGAAAUUGAAGAGGAAGAAAUCUGUGAACAAGAACCAAAUGACACAAUAGAUUUAGAGGAAUUUAAGCAUGCGAUGUUGGAACUUGAAGGUCUCAAAUGUGGGGACUCAAAUGUUAAAGAGGACGAAGCAAAAACAUUAGAAAAACGUGACACUGAGAUUGAACCAAGAGUAAAAAAUGAGGAUGAGACUGAAGGGGCUGAAGAAGAGCUAAAUGAAGCAGAUGAUGAAUGUCCAGAAUUAACACAUCUUUCUGCCUCCAACGGAGACUUCAGACCUUUUAGAGACCCAGAGAGUCUUCUACACAUUUCAGAACACAGGAGGCAAAGGACAGACAGUGAAAAUACAAUGGGCAGUGUAGGAAGCUGCUCCACCAUACCACCUGAUGUCGUGCGGCAGAAAGUGCGGAGACAACUCACCAAACAGCAAAAAGCAGCACAGAGAAGACGGCUGCAAAAAGGAGAGGCAAACCUGGUGACAAAAUCAAGGAGGGACACACAAAAUACAAUCAAGUCCAGUAUGGAAGGUGCUGAAUUUUGGGGAUAAUUCUGCGGAAAUGAAUGUUCUCUUUGUGGAUUUUUUUUUUCUGGAACAAAUGAUUUAUCAAGAUUUAAGGGUUUUUCUUCAAGAUGGACAUACUAUUCAUAUCUACCAGACUGUCAUUCUGUCAUUUACACAGUACAUUAUGAUAAGUAAUUUUAUAGUAUUUAUUACAUGAGAUGAAAAAGAUCAGUUCUUGAUGUACUGUUAAACAAAGUAAAAUUAAAAUGGAGCUAACACU